AUGCAAUACCUCGGCUGCUUCCGCCGCAACGUCAGCACCACAAACAACACGCCCAUCCCGCCCUUUGGCCCGCCCGACCGCCAAAAAGCAUGGUACACGGGGCCGUGGACAAACGUCACCUUUGACCAGACCACGGUGCGCGGGCGCUGCGAAAACGACAUCAUGCAGCGGGAUGCGUUUCAGUAUGCGACGAUUGCAGAGGGCGGCGUGUACUGGUCGUGCGGCAUUCAGUUGCAGUAUGAUUUGGGGCCGAAUGAUCCGACAAUGUGUAAUGUGCCGUGUGCGCGGAAUACGAGCAUGGCGUGUGGAGGGAUGGACUGGAUGGAUGUGUGGAGGAUGCCUGGGUUUGUGGAUUAUUAUGGGUUGGGGGGUGGUUCGACGGUGCAGCCUCCGAAUUCGCAACACGUCUACGACACUGGGACAUCAGGGGAAAUUGUGGGAUGGAAAUGGUUUGGAUAUUCGGUUGGAUGA